GGUUGUUCUACCAUGGACACAGAGAUGAUACCAAAAUUUACUUCAAAAGACGAGGAGAUUGACUACUGGAAGGCCUUAUCCCUCACGUAUAAGAAAAGGUAUGUUCAUGUCAACUGGUCUAGGCUAAUCAUAGCUCAUUUAACAAAAUCCUUGAUUAACAAAUGAUUUAUUAUAUGUGGUCAAACAUUGAAUUUCAGAAGAUCAUAUUCAACGGUUUGUCAUUGUAUCUGUUGAACUACUCUCCUCCACAUACAUUUUCCAGAUUGUGCCUAGCUUGAGUUUCAGUAUUUCACUUUGAUGCGUCCUCUCAGUAAUAUAAUUAUCCAUGCACAGAAAACCACAUGGCUUGCUCUGCUCUCGGCUCUGUUACAUAAAGCAAAGCUUAUGUUUGCUCAUAACGCUGGAAGAUUAAUAACAAGGUUAUGUCAUAACAGUCAUGUGAUCAUCUGACACGUGACCUGUUCCUCUAUAGGCCUUUGUUAACGUUACCAUCGACACAGAAAGCAGUGGAUUCAUUGGCCUAGAUUAUGCCUUGUUUGUUUAGGCCUAGUUGUUCUUAGUGCUGGGUUGUAAUCAUUAGUGCACACCGUAGCAAAACGCGUUGUAACGGAAAACAUUUUGCAAGGAAGAUUUGCGUUUCUUAUUGUACUGGUUCAGGUAGUAGCCUACCUCCCUGUUUCAGUGCGUUUUCUUCCGUUUGGUUACUAUUGAAUACGUCUCUGGUGUCACUUUUUCAGAUAUCCUGUAUCCAGCAGGGUGUUCUAGAAGAAUGAACCUUUAUUUUUGUCACAGUCAGACCUAUAGACUACUACCCUUCCUUCCUUCCCAUAGGCACUGAACAGACUAGAGUAAGAUCUUUGUCAUAGAUGAGACCGCUAAGAUCAGUGGAAUGGACACACACACAUACACACUACUUACAAACAGCAUUGUACUGACUGCAAUCACUCACCUUUGCAGCAAACAAGUUUAGAUCCUCUGUUACAUAAUGGCAAGACACACACUGCCAAGUUGCAUAAACUCUGUUACUCAGUACGAUAUAGGACUACAGUGUAAACUCUGUUACUAGUUCAGCACGAUAUAGGACCACAGUGUAAACUCUGCUACUAGUUCAUACUGCUAACAUGCUGAGUCUCCCUGUUGGUAUUAAUACUGCUAACAUGCUGAGUCUUCCUGUCUGUUGGUAUUAAUACUGCUAACAUGCUGAGUCUCCCUGUCUGUUGGUGUUAAUACUGCUAACAUGCUGAGUCUCCCUGUCUGUUGGUAUUAAUAUUGCUAACAUGCUGAGUCUCCCUGUCUGUUGGUGUUAAUACUGCUAACAUGCUGAGUCUCCCUGUCUGUUGGUAUUAAUAUUGCUAACAUGCUGAGUCUCCCUGUCUGUUGGUAUUAAUGCUGCUAACAUGCUGAGUCUUCCUGUCUGUUGGUAUUAAUACUGCUAACAUGCUGAGUCUCCCUGUCUGUUGGUAUUAAUACUGCUAACAUGCUGAGUCUCCCUGUCUGUUGGUAUUAAUACUGCUAAAAUGCUGAGUCUCCCUGUCUGUUGGUAUUAAUACUGCUAACAUACUGAGUCUCCCUGUCUGUUGGUAUUACUACUGCUAACAUGCUGAGUCUACCUGUUGGUAUUAAUACUGCUAACAUGCUGAGUCUCCCUGUCUGUUGGUAUUACUACUGCUAACAUGCUGAGUCUCCCUGUUGGUAUUAAUGCUGCUAACAUGCUGAGUCUUCCUGUCUGUUGGUAUUAAUACUGCUAACAUGCUGAGUCUCCCUGUCUGUUGGUAUUAAUACUGCUAACAUGCUGAGUCUCCCUGUCUGUUGGUAUUAAUACUGCUAAAAUGCUGAGUCUCCCUGUCUGUUGGUAUUAAUACUGCUAACAUACUGAGUCUCCCUGUCUGUUGGUAUUACUACUGCUAACAUGCUGAGUCUACCUGUUGGUAUUAAUACUGCUAACAUGCUGAGUCUCCCUGUCUGUUGGUAUUACUACUGCUAACAUGCUGAGUCUCCCUGUUGGUAUUAAUACUGCUAACAUGCUGAGUCUCCCUGUCUGUUGGUAUUAAUACUGCUAACAUGCUGAGUCUCCCUGUCUGUUGGUAUAAAUACUGCUAACAUGCUGAGUCUCCCUGUCUGUUGGUGUUAAUACUGCUAACAUGCUGAGUCUCCCUGUUGGUAUUAAUACUGCUAACAUGCUGAGUCUCCCUGUCUGUUGGUAUUAAUACUGCUAACAUGCUGAGUCUCCCUGUCUGUUGGUAUAAAUACUGCUAACAUACUGAGUCUCCCUGUCUGUUGGUAUUACUACUGCUAACAUGCUGAGUCUACCUGUUGGUAUUAAUACUGCUAACAUGCUGAGUCUCCCUGUCUGUUGGUAUUACUACUGCUAACAUGCUGAGUCUCCCUGUUGGUAUUAAUACUGCUAACAUGCUGAGUCUCCCUGUCUGUUGGUAUUAAUACUGCUAACAUGCUGAGUCUCCCUGUCUGUUGGUAUAAAUACUGCUAACAUGCUGAGUCUCCCUGUCUGUUGGUGUUAAUACUGCUAACAUGCUGAGUCUCCCUGUCUGUUGGUGUUAAUACUGCUAACAUGCUGAGUCUCCCUGUUGGUAUUAAUACUGCUAACAUGCUGAGUCUCCCUGUCUGUUGGUAUUAAUACUGCUAACAUGCUGAGUCUCCCUGUCUGUUGGUAUAAAUACUGCUAACAUACUGAGUCUCCCUGUCUGUUGGUAUUAAUACUGCUAACAUACUGAGUCUCCCUGUCUGUUGGUAUUAAUACUGCUAAGAUGCUGCGUCUCCCUGUCUGUUGGUAUUAAUACUGCUAAGAUGCUGCGUCUCCCUGUCUGUUGGUAUUAAUACUGCUAACAUGCUGAGUCUCCCUGUCUGUUGGUAUUAAUACUGCUAACAUGCAGUCAUCCCUGUGUCUGUUGGUAUCGGUGGUAUCUCUCCCAUACCCAUGGAACUACAGCCUGCAGUCUCUGCUCAGUCUCAGGUCCUGUCCAGAAACAGCCCCGAUCCCCCAGAUCUGAAUUAGUUAGAAAAGUAAGCUACAGUGGGGGAAAAAAGUAUUUAGUCAGCCACCAAUUGUGCAAGUUCUCCCACUUAAAAAGAUGAGAGAGGCCUGUAAUUUUCAUCAUAGGUACAAGUCAACUAUGACAGACAAAAUGAGAAAAAAAAAUCCAGAAAAUCACAUUGUAGGAUUUUUUAUGAAUUUAUUUGCAAAUUAUGGUGGAAAAUAAGUAUUUGGUCAAUAACAAAAGUUUCUCAAUACUUUGUUAUAUACCCUUUGUUGGCAAUGACACAGGUCAAACGUUUUCUGUAAGUCUUCACAAGGUUUUCACACACUGUUGCUGGUAUUUUGGCCCAUUCCUCCAUGCAGAUCUCCUCUAGAGCAGUGAUGUUUUGGGGCUGUCGCUGGGCAACACGGACUUUCAACUCCCUCCAAAGAUUUUCUAUGGGGUUGAGAUCUGGAGACUGGCUAGGCCACUCCAGGACCUUGAAAUGCUUCUUACGAAGCCACUCCUUCGUUGCCCGGGCGGUGUGUUUGGGAUCAUUGUCAUGCUGAAUGACCCAGCCACGUUUCAUCUUCAAUGCCCUUGCUGAUGGAAGGAGGUUUUCACUCAAAAUCUCACGAUACAUGGCCCCAUUCAUUCUUUCCUUUACACGGAUCAGUCGUCCUGGUCCCUUUGCAGAAAAACAGCCCCAAAGCAUGAUGUUUCCACCCCCAUGCUUCACAGUAGGUAUGGUGUUCUUUGGAUGCAACUCAGCAUUCUUUGUCCUCCAAACACAACGAGUUGAGUUUUUACCAAAAAGUUCUAUUUUGGUUUCAUCUGACCAUAUGACAUUCUCCCAAUCCUCUUCUGGAUCAUCCAAAUGCACUCUAGCAAACUUCAGACGGGCCUGGACAUGUACUGGCUUAAGCAGGGGGACACGUCUGGCACUGCAGGAUUUGAGUCCCUGGCGGCGUAGUGUGUUACUGAUGGUAGGCUUUGUUACUUUGGCCCCAGCUCUCUGCAGGUCAUUCACUAGGUCCCCCCGUGUGGUUCUGGGAUUUUUGCUCACCGUUCUUGUGAUCAUUUUGACCCCACGGGGUGAGAUCUUGCGUGGAGCCCCAGAUCGAGGGAGAUUAUCAGUGGUCUUGUAUGUCUUCCAUUUCCUAAUCAUUGCUCCCACAGUUGAUUUCUUCAAACCAAGCUGCUUACCUAUUGCAGAUUCAGUCUUCGCAGCCUGGUUCAGGUCUACAAUUUUGUUUCUGGUGUCCUUUGACAGCUCUUUGGUCUUGGCCAUAGUGGAGUUUGGAGUGUGACUGUUUGAGGUUGUGGACAGGUGUCUUUUAUACUGAUAACAAGUUCAAACAGGUGCCAUUAAUACAGGUAACGAGUGGGGAACAGAGGAGCAUCUUAAAGAAGAAGUUACAGGUCUGUGAGAGCCAGAAAUCUUGCUUGUUUGUAGGUGACCAAAUACUUAUUUUCCACCAUAAUUUGCAAAUAAAUUCAUUAAAAAUCCUACAAUGUGAUUUUCUGGAUUUUUUUCUCUCAAUUUGUCUGUCAUAGUUGACAUGUACCUAUGAUGAAAAUUACAGGCCUCUCCCAUAUUUUUAAGUGGGAGAACUUGCACAAUUGGUGGCUGACUAAAUACUUUUUUUCCCCCACUGUAUAUGGACGCAAUAUGGCAGUAACUCCACUUUUCCCUCUGAUAGGUUAGAUGGAAUGUUAGCCAUAUUGCUAAGGUUUAGCUAUAGCUUUCCUGUCCUCACAGAUCCUCGCCAGUAUCCUGGGUAAAGCCUAGAGGUUUGUGUUUUGGAUAGGGUUUCAGUCUCAGAGCUGUGGUAGCUGUACUGUACUGUACUGAGGGGGUUCAAACCAGGAGGUUUUCUAAGAAUUUGCCCAGGAGAGGAGAGGGGGAAAAACAACAGAAGCACUCAUGGAUGGAUAAAAUACCCCACAUGUUUAGGUGGUUACGUUUUCCCAGACUCUGUACAGCCUGACCCUGUCAGUGUUGACACCACAUUCUAGAGUAUAGGCCUAGUGUUUGUUUAUGAGUAAGUCCCAAAUGACACCCUAUUCCCUAUAUAGUGCACUACUUUUGAUCAGACAUGCCAAACAGUGGUCCUUUGUAGCUCAGUUGAUAGAGCAUGGCAAUGCCAGGGUAGUGGGUUCGAUUCCUGGGACCACCCAUAUGUAAAAUACAGUGGCUUGUGAAAGUAUUCACCCCCCUUGACAUUUUUCCUAUUUUGUUGCCUUACAACCUGGAAUUAAAAUAGAUUUUUGGGGGGUUUGUAUCAUUUGAUUUACACAACAUGCCUACCAUUUUGAAGAUGCUAAAUAUUUUGUUAUUGUGAAACAAACAAGAAAUAAGACAAAAAAACAGAGAACUUGAGCGUGCAUAACUAUUCAACCUGCCACCCCAAAGUCAAUACUUUGUAGAGCCACCUUUUGCAGCAAUUACAGCUGCAAGUCUCUUGGGGUAUGUCUCUAUAAGCUUGCCACAUCUAGCCACUGGGAUAUUUGCCCAUUCUUCAAGGCAAAACUGCUCCAGCUCCUUCAAGUUGAAGGGUUCCGCUGGUGUACAGCAAUCUUUAAGUCAUACCACAGAUUCUCAAUUGGAUUGAGGUCUGGGCUUUGACUAGGCCAUUCCAAGACAUUUAAAUGUUUCCUCUUAAACCACUCGAGUGUUGCUUUAGCAGUAUGCUUAGGGUCAUUGUCCUGCUGGAAGGUGAACCUCCGUCCCAGUCGCAAAUCUCUGGAAGACUGAAACCGGUUUCCCUCAAGAAUUUCCCUAUAUUUAGCGCCAUCCAUCAUUCCUUCAAUUCUGACCAGUUUCCCAGUCCCUGCCGAUGGAAAACAUCCCCACAGCACGAUGCUGCCACCACCAUGCUUCACUGUGGGGAUGGUGUUCUGGGGGUGAUGAGAGGUUUUGGGUUUGCGCCAGACAUAGCGUUUUCCUUGAUGGCCAAAAAGCUCAAUUUUAGUCUCAUCUGACCAGAGUACCUUCUUCCAUAUGUUUGGGGAGUCUCCCACAUCCCUUUUGGCGAACACCAAACGUGUUUGCUUAUUCUUUACUUUAAGCAAUGUUUUUUUUCUGGCCACUCUUCCGUAAAGCCCAGCUCUGUGGAGUGUACUGCUUAAAGUGGUCCUAUGGACAGAUACUCCAAUCUCCGCUGUGGAGCUUUGCAGCUCCUUCAGGGUUAUCUUUGGUCUCCUUGUUGCCUGUCUGAUUAAUGCCCUCCUUGCCUGGUCUGUGAGUUUUGGUGGGCGGCCCUGUCUUGGCAGGUUUGUUGUGCUGCCAUAUUCUUUCCAUUGUUUAAUAAUGGAUUUAAUGGUGCUCCGUGGGAUGUUCAAAGUUUCAGAUUUUUUUAUAACCCAACCCUGAUCUGUACUUCUCCACAACUUUGUCCCUGACUUGUUUGGAGAGCUCCUUGGUCUUCACGGUGCCGCUUGCUUGGUGGUGCCCCUUGCUUAGUGGUGUUGCAGACUCUGGGGCCUUUCAGAACAUGUGUAUAUAUACUGAGAUCAUGUGACACUUAGAUUGCACACAGGUGGACUUUAUUUAACUAAUUAUGUGACUUCUGAAGGUAAUUGGUUGCACCAGAUCUUAUUUAGGGGCUUCAUAGCAAAGGGGGUGAAUACAUAUGCACGCACCACUUUUCCGUUAUUUAUUUUUUAGAAUUUUUUUUAACAAGUUAUUUUUUUAAUUUCACUUCACCAAUUUGGACUAUUUGGUGUAUGUCCAUUACAUGAAAUCCAAAUAAAAAUCCAUUUAAAUUACAGGUUGUAAUGCAACAAAAUAGGAAAAACACCAAGGGGGAUGAAUACUUUUGAAAGGCACUGUAUACGCACUCAUGACUGUAAGUCGCUUUGGAUAAAAGCGUCUGCUAAAUGGCAUAUGUUAAUACAUUAUUUUAUAGCACUAACAGAUCUUGGACCAGGCUAACAUAUCUGGCUACCAAAUUAGUAUACCAUGCCCUAUACUCAUGCACAUGAACCAACCCUUCUAAUUCAAUUCAAUGGAGCCACCUGACUGAAUGAAUGGCAUGGAAAGUCUGCAUUCAUUCAGCUCUAGCAUGGCAUUGGCCUUUGUCAUGACAUAUGAGUCAGGGGCCAUGCAGGACCAUUCUAGUUGCAUUACAUCUAUGACCAGACAUACAGUAAGUUCUGUUUUAUGUCUAUGGUCAGACAGUAAGUUCUAGUUGCUUUACAUCUAUGGCCAGACAGAUGAUAGACUGAUAAACUGCCACAUGGGACAAGAGAAAGUGCUAUGCUACAAUCCAGGAGUCCAGACCUUUCAGCUAGGCCUAUCUGUAUAUAUUACUGGACUGUAUUACUAGGUUGUAUCUAGCACAUAGUGUGGGUCAGCAAGUCUGGACAUAUAGACUGAAUACAGACUGGACUGAGGUCUGAAUAUAGCUUUAAGACUGAGACAGUACCUCAGCAGGUCUGAUAAAGCUUUAUGACAGAGACGGUACCUCAGGUCUGAUGGAGCUUUAUGACCUCAGCAGGUCUGAUGGAGCUUUAUGACCUCAGCAGGUCUGAUAGAGCUUUAUGACCUCAGCAGGUGUUUAUCAUUAGAGGAUACAGAAGGCUCCUAAAGGCCUGCUGCUGUUCCAUGUGUUCUGAAACGGGUGAGGGGUCAAGGGGUCUGGAGACAGGAUAUUAUGAGUUAAGAGACUAGGUGUGUUCAGACAUGUUCCACUGACCACACAGGAUAGGCCUAGGUCUGAAUGUCCAGGUGAUGUUACUCCCAGACAUUAGUACCACAAUUGAUCAUAAAACAACAGUCUCUCCCGUGUGUCCUCCAGCUACCAUGAGGAGCUGGUGGAGUUGCAGGAGAGACCGUGUGGUAGUGCGUGUGUGUUCCUGUGUGUGGCUGUGUGUAACAGUCCUCUCUCUCCCAUGUGUCCUCCAGUUACCAUGAGGCCCAGGAGGAGUUGCUGGAGUUCCAGGAAGGGAGCAGAGAGCUGGAGGCAGAGUUAGAGGCUCAGCUAGGACAGGCUGAACACCGCCUCAGAGACCUGCACACAGAGAACCAAAGACUGAAGAGCGAGUUGGACAACCUCAAGGUAAAUGUUGUACCUCUUGGUGUUGGAAUUGAAGAAAUAUGUGAAACGGUUGGGGAUUCAGUUCAGCAAACACUGUUCCUGAGGAUUCGGUUUAGCAAACACUGUUCCUGAGGAUUCGGUUUGGCAAACACUGUUCCUGAGGAUUCGGUUUGGCGAACACUGUUCUUGAGGAUUCGGUUUAGAAAACACUGGAUUACAGUUACAGAAUAUCAGUUAAUGUCACCCAUUCACCAGGGACUGGAAACAGGGCUCAACAACCACAUCUGGAUGUCAGAAGUAAGAGUAAAGCCACCCUCCUGGAUGCCCCUGCUGCUUGCCAGAGAGAACGAGAGAGAGAGUGCUGCAUGUGUUGGCUGGCUGUCCAGCAGUUCCAUGCUCUGGCCUUGGCCUAAUCCCCAGGCCGUUCAGCAGUACACUGUAAUAGGAUGGCAGCAGGAUCAACAGGAGAAAAUAGACAACUAGAGGGAUGUUUAACCCACACUGCUAAUGCUAGCCAGCUAUAUCACUGGUUAUAUCACUAAUGCUAGCCAGGUAUAUCACUGGUUAUAUCACUAAUGCUAGCCAGGUAUAUCACUGGUUAUAUCACUAAUGCUAGCCAGGUAUAUCACUGACCAGGAUGUAUAUCGCUGAGAUAAAAGAACACAGAGCUAUGGUUAACAUAAUGCUAACCAGGAUGUAUAUCACAGAGAUCAUAGAACAUGAUGCUAACCAGGAUGUAUAUCACUGAGAUAAAAUAACACACAGAGCUAUUGUUAACAUGAUGCUAACCAGGAUGUAUAUCACUGAGAUAAUAGAACAUGAUGCUAACCAGGAUGUAUAUCACUGAGAUAAUAGAACAUGAUGCUAACCAGGAUGUAUAUCACUGAGAUAAUAGAACAUGAUGCUAACCAGGAUGUAUAUCACUGAGAUAAUAGAACACAUGCUUCUUAAUGACGAGGUGCUGUCUUUCAUGACCAUUUUCUUCCGUCCGUGGGAUAACCAUAUUCAUGUGUGGUAGACAGACAGCCGUUGUGUUAGACUACAUAUGGCAGCAACAUGUGAAUGUGCAGUAGACUAGAGAAGCUAAUGUCUUAGAGCUAAAGUUCUGUGAAUGGGCCUGGAAGGACUGGGAUUCAUGUGAGGGGGCUGUAGACUAGAGAAGGUAAUGUCCUAGAGCUAAAGUUCUGUGAAUGGGCCUGGGAGGACUGUGGGAUUCAUGUGAGGGGGCUGUAGCUUGUUCUCCUGAAUGAUGGGCCUGUCUUGAGCUGAGGCAUGUAGCUAGGCUAGCUGUGCUGUUGACCCAGACCUCAGGCUGGCCUGAUUCUGACACCUAUGAGCCAUACUUCACCCCUCGCCAGAGAACAAAGGAGUUGAAGGGAGUUCUAGAGUCUAUGAACACUAUGAGAAAGAAUGUUAACUAGCAGUCUGUUUGUGUUGGCAUUAAGAAAGUUGGCAUGUCAACACUCUCCCUUCCUGUCACCUCAGUCUUUAAUGCAACCAUCUCCACACGCACUCAUUCUCUCUCCCCCUCUCUCUCUCCCCCCCGUAGGAGAAAUUGGAGCAGCAGUAUGCUCAGAGUUAUAAGCAGGUCUCCAUGUUAGAGGAUGACCUGGGACAGACCAGAGGAAUCAAGGAGCACCUUCAUAAAUACGUCAGAGAACUGGAGCAGGCCAACGAUGACCUGGAGAGAGCCAAGAGGUCACUAUAUACCAUAGUAGAACUAAACUAACCUUACUAACGCAGCCAUUCAAAUGUUUUACUUGACUUCAAGCCUAGGUUGUAGGCUAAGUGGAUUUAACUUUUGUGUUGUUAACUAAAUGAAAGCAUGUUGACUGGUAGCUGUGUCUCAGUAUUCAGAGAGUGUCUCCACUUAGUGUUAACCCAGUUAUCCAACCCACACAGAUACUGUACAUUUUUCAGCAGCUUCUGCUACUAACAGUUGUCCACCCCAACCCCUCUCCCCCCUCCUCCUCUCCCCCCUCCUCCUCCCUCCCCCUCUCCUCCCUCCCUCAGGGCGACCAUUGUAUCUCUGGAGGACUUUGAGGGUCGUCUGAACCAGGCCAUAGAGAGGAAUGCCUUCCUGGAGGGUGAGCUGGACGAGAAGGAGAACCUACUGGAGUCAGUUCAGAGACUGAAGGAUGAAGCCAGAGGUAUGAAGACAUUAAACACCUAGCUUACCUCUAUCCCCGACCUACCCUUUCUGUUAUGUGUAAUACUGCUGUAUUAAGUCAGCUGGAUCAGAAGGAGAACCUACUGGUCUCAGUUCAGAGACUGAAGGAUGAAGCCAGAGGUACGGACGGGGACAACCCCUAACUGUACCCUUCCUUCCCCUAACUCCCUGUCCCCUACUAAUCAAGGGCUUGAUGAUUAGUUGACCAGUUGAAUCAGAUGUACUGAUAGGACUGGAAUAUAUGAAAUAAGUGGAACUGUCUGGCUGGUACUUGAGGAGAGGGUUGGGAAACACUGCCCUAUCCAUUUGGUUGAAUCAUGUCUGUAUUGGUGUGUCUGAUGCCCCAGCCCUGAGACAGGAGCUGGCGGUGAGGGAGAGGACUCCAAACAGAAUGUCAUGUCUGUAAUCAUGUCAGUAUUGGUGCUUGUAUCUCAUUUCUGUCUAUCUGUCCCCCCCCCCCCCCAGACCUGAGACAGGAGAUGGCAGUGAGGGAGAGGACUACAGACAGGUUGUCAGCCCCCAGCUCUCCUACCCUGGACAUCGACAAGAUGGACUCUGCUGUCCAGGCCUCCCUGUCCCUGCCUGCCACCCCUGUAGGGAAGGGAAUGGAACACCCCUUCCUCAACCCUAAAUCAUCAGGUAGGUCAACAGCCAUGUCUUCUAACAGACCUGGGUGGAAAUAGUAUUAGUUUUCUUUCAAAUACUUUACAUGUGCUUUAUUGAGCUUGCCAGGUGCAAUGGAACCAAUGGAAGAGUCUCAAAAGUCACUCCAGGCAGUCUCAAUUAAAUGCUCAAAAUGUUUUGAAAGUAUAUAAAAACUAUUUGAACCCAGGUCUGUUUUUUUAGUUCCUUAACUUUUGGAGCUGUACCUCCAUGUGAAACAGUUUCUAUGUCUCUGUCAUAUGCUAAAUACUGUCUCUUUGAACCCAGGUCUUUACCUCCAUGUGAAACAGUUUCUAUGUCUCUGUCAUAUGCUAAAUACUGUCUCUUCCCUCUCUCUCUCCCCUCUCCCUCUCUCUCCCCUCUCUCUCCUCUCUCUCUCUCCUCUCUCUCGCUCCCCUCUCCUCUCUCUCUCUCUCUCUCUCUCUCUCUCUCCUCUCUCCUCUCUCCUCUCUGUCUCUAUCUUUCUCUCUCUGGCUCUCUCUGUCUCUGUCUCUAUGGUUCUCUAUGGCUCUCUCUAUGGCUCUCUCUGUCUCUCUCUCCUCUCUCACCUCUCUCUCUCUCUCCCCUCUCUCUCUCACCUCUCUCUCUCUCUCCCCUCUCUCACUCUCUCCCCUCUCAUCUCUCUCUUUCUCUCUACAGUGUUAACAAAUGGCUGUGGGCAUGGUAGCUCACCUCUGACCCCAUCAGCAAGAAUCUCUGCUCUUAAUAUCGUUGGGGACCUACUUAGAAAAGUGGGGGUAAAUAUCAGACCUUUGUUUCUUGUAGCAAUGUUUUCCAAUGCCAGUGUUAUGCAUCCACCCUCUAUGAAGCUAAUGUUGGCGACAAAACAUUAUGAACACUCUUCUUGAGUGAACCCGACAGUUUGGCUUCCAUCUCUUCUCUUGACUUGACAGCAGAGUAUAUUGGAAAUAUAUCCUGAAUUAAAGGUUAAAGGUUACAACAGAAUCCACAGCUUGUGAUUAGACUAAUGUAGGCCAUGUUUUUCUGUCGUUAGGCGCUGGAGUCCAAGCUAGCUGCAUGUAGGAACUUUGCCAAGGACCAGGCAGUGAGGAAAACCUACUCCACGUCAUCCACCAACAUGAUCACUGGGAACGGAAACCUCAUCAACAGCAACGCCACCAAGUUCUCCCACUCACUACACACCACCUACUACGACAAAACGUGAGUUCUGUCUCUCUCAGGAUUAUUCCCACUGUUCCAUCUAUCUCUCGGAGUUGCUCUCUCUCUCUCAGGAGUAUUCCCACUGUUCCAUCUAUCUCUCUGAGUUGCUCUCUCUCUCAGGAGUAUUCCCACUGUUCCAUCUAUCUCUCUGAGUUGCUCUCUCUCUCAGGAGUAUUCCCACUGUUCCAUCUAUCUCUCUGAGUUGCUCUCUCUCUCAGGAGGAUUCCCACUGUUCCAUCGAUCUCUCUGAGUUGCUCUCUCUCUCAGGAGUAUUCACACUGUUCCAUCUAUCUCUCUGCUUGACUUCCUGUCUGCAGUGUUAGUGUGACUCACUCAGAGAGUAUAAGAAGUGAGAGGCUGAAUGGACUCUAGCUCUAUAUCAUUUUUAACCAGAGUUGGUCUAACCAGAGUAUGUAGACACACCAAUACAGACAGAGAAUACCCAAAUAGCUUUCUAUUUGAUAUUGUGAAUGAACUAACCUCUGUGAAUGAACUAACCUCUGUUUUUCUGUGUCUGUGUUCCAUGUCUGUGGUGUUCAUAUGUCUGGUGUUGUCCCCCACAGGGCUGUGAAUGGACUGGACCACAGCACCCUGACUGCCCUGGCAUCGCCCCGGACUGUCUCCCCUCCUGGCAUGCUGCCUCUCACCGUUUAGCGUGGCACCACCCCCAACCUCUGUACAAGCUCACCACAGAACAAGGGUACCCCUCAUACUCCACCCCAACCUCACCCCAAUCUCUGCCCAAGCUCCUGUGCGCCCCGCAGAACAAUGAGAGGAGAGAACACUUGAAGAACCGUUAGUGUGUGUGUGUGUGUGU